CUCCCAUGAUGCACCCGUUCCGUUUCAUAUACUUUGUACAGCUCGCACAUUUCCGGAGAUAAUAAGCUUCUGCAACAAAGCCUGUCUUUAUUUCCUGUUCAAGAAUGCCUGAGGGUCCCGAGCUCCAUUUGGCCAGCCUGUUUGUCAACAGGAUGUGUGAAGGAGUUGUGUUUACCGGAGCUGUGGAGAAGUCUGAAGUGAACAAAAGUCCUGAGGUUCCAUUCUGCUGCGAUGCCUACUGCAUCAAAGCCCAAUCCAGAGGAAAGGAGGUCAGACUCACACUUACACCCAUUAAGGGUGAAAAUGACAAUAAACGCAAGGUUAGUAAAGAUCAGUCCCAGCAGCCGAUGAAUGUGGUUUUCCGGUUUGGGAUGUCUGGGUUUUUCCGCUUCACUGCAGUAGAUGAUCUUCCAAAACAUGCCCAUCUCCGGUUCUACACUAAUGAGACCCCACGCAAAGUUCUGAGUUUUGUGGAUGCCCGCAGAUUUGGUAGCUGGCAACCAAAUGGAAUGUGGCAACCAAACAGAGGGCCUUGCAUCAUGUUUGAGUAUGAGAGCUUCAGGGAGAAUGUUCUUUCAAAUCUCUCUGACAAGGCCUUUGACAGACCAAUCUGUGAGACGUUGUUAAAUCAGAAGUAUUUCAACGGGAUUGGAAACUAUCUUCGAGCAGAGAUUUUGUACAGAUUACGAAUCCCCCCGUUUGUGAAGGCACGGACAGUUCUGGAGGGACUUGAACCAGUAGAUGAGGAGAAAAAGAAAGUCAAAAAGGAAAUGACAGUUUCAGAGACAGCAGAGAAGGGGAUAGAAGCUGAGACCCCAGACCUUCUCUCCUUGUGCCACACUGUCCCUUUGGAGGUGGUGAAAUUGGGUGGAAAGGGCUAUGAUCCAGAAAAGGCGGAUUAUUCCACUUUUCAAGCCUGGCUGCAGUGUUACUGUGUGGAUGGAAUGAAUUCAACAUGGGAUCACAACAGGCGGACAAUGUGGUUCAAAGGUGAUCCUGGUCCAAUGGCCCCCAAAGAUUCCAAGUCUCCCAAAGCAAAGUGGAAAAUACAAAAAGAUGAUCAUGAUUACACUGAAGCAAAGAAAACCAAAAGGAAAUGGACUGACAAAACUGCAGAUGAAAAGCCGGUCAAGCAAACUGCGAGCAAGAGAGUAAAGAAGGAAAAUAAAACAUCCAGAACACGAAGUGGCUCAAAAACACUGAAAAGCAGCAAAAAGAGAGUCAAGGCAGAACCCGCAGAUGAGAAUAAAAAAACGAAAACAUGUAGAAAGAGCUCAAAAGUUCCUAUGAGGACAAGAACUAACAAAAUUAAAGGCCAAAAUGGGGAGGAAAAGAUAAAAGAAAAGAAGAAAUCUGUCACCUGCAGGAAGAACAGAACAAAAGCAAAGCCUCAGCGGGGAAGUAGCGGUGCAAAACGAGGGCGCUCCAGAUGAUGGGACUCCAAUCAGAAUACUUUUCAAAUGGGAGACACUACUAUAUUGGACCAUCCAGAUUAUAUUCUGUAGUCAUUUUAUAAUCAAUUUCUUUAAAGAAAAUAGAAGUUUUAUACACAGUAUGUUUGUAAUGUGACACUGCUCAGUCAACAAUCUUGACAAUUUUUCUUAGUUUUUAAUGUCGCAUACAAUUGAUUAAAGACAAAAUGAUAGGAAAUGAAAUAAAAACAGAAUUUAGUAAAUCUUAAAUUGUAAUUUAUUCAUUUAAUAUGUACAAAAAAUGGAAAAAGGUUAAUUCAAGGUUUUUUACUAUGUGAAAAUGUGUACAGAAUGGAAUAGAAGACAAUUUGCCAAAGUGACUGCAGUUACACAGGGGUUGAAAAUGCAAAUUAAUUGUUCAAUUUGAAAUUUCAAAUACCUCCAUCAAAGUAUGUUAACAUUUUUCAGUUACAAAUAUUUAAAUUCAUUAUGGCUUUGUUCCACUUCCUGUGCUGAUUUUUCAGAUAAUAUUCCAAAUUUUUGGCACUAUAUUUCAGAUAUAAAAAAAUGUGGAAUGCUGCAAAGUAAAUUUAUACAUGUUAAAUUAAAUGUUUAAUGGAGCUCAAAAUACUAUACUCUUGUCCGUAGCUGAAAUCAUAAUCAAAUUAUAGAAAAAGUUCUACAUGUUUAUAAAAUG